GUAGCUAAAUCUUUUGUCAUCUACUAAGAUGAAGUGAUACUUUGAUGAUGGUUGCAUGAUUUUAAUCCAAGUUGAUUUUAUUAACGUUAUGCCGCGACGUUAAUGAAUUGUUUUCUUGUCACUUAUUAUUAUGUUUGUUGGUGAUAUAUGUAUGCUUUGUCGAUGGUGUCGGAAGUAUAUAAGUAUGAUUUCAAUUACUUGUCUAUGAGUAGUUGGUGCUAGUUCAUGGUGUGAUAGUAAACAACAUAGUAAUAAUAGGAAGUAAUUUGUUAAAUGGGAUUAGCGGUUGAUGGUGUCACGUUAGUUUCAUGUAGGCAUGAUUGUUAAUUUAUAGCCAAAACAAAUUGAUUAAUUGGGUAGAUUAUAUUAAACGUUGGUGCUGCCAGUUUUCUAUGACUGAACUAGUUAGUUAAUAGAAUUGAAUAGAUUUAUAAGCUUGUCGGCCACCAAGUAAGUUUCUUUAUUCGAAUCUAGGUUAUCUUGUCAACAUAUUUGAAUUGGGUCCUAAUUUAAAUGCAACCGGAGUUAAUGUGUCAUGGAGUCGAAAGUAGAUGAUCUUUUAAUUAAUAUUGAUAUUAAAAACUCUCUUUUCGUUUAAUUCUUCGGAAUUACUAAUUUUAUUAAUUAACUAACUUUUUCAAAAUCCAAUAUGACGGGAGUCUUUAAAAUCCAAAGUUUUUUUUAAACUACUUAAAACUCGCUUACUCUUAAUUAGUCUCUAUGGAUUCGACCUGGACUUACCUUUAAACUAUAUUGCAUACGAACGGGUCCACUGCCCGAGAGUGUGUAGUAGUCAGUUCGAGGGUAUUUCUUGUUUAUAAAUUUAAGACUAGAUUUUACACAUUAGGACCUAAAGUAGAACUUUAGGAGUUGAUGGCCAGGGGUUAAGUGGCAAUUAAGCAUCCCUAAUUGUCAUUCAUCUGCACCAUUACGUGAUUGAAAUCCCAUAGUCGCCCCCUUCCCUCUUCCAUAGCUAUCCUUCAUCGAAUUCUUCCGUUUCGUGGUGUUUCAAGCAAGUUUUGUUAAGAUCUUGGAUUCCCUAAGUCAUUUACAGGUAAUACAGGUUGUCGGGAGCACUUAGCAAGCACUGUAAGAUACUACUCAUAACUGGUUGGUAAGCUGUACCGAGGAUAUUCAAGAUUGAGCUAGGCGAAGGUUAGCUUGGUGAGACUUGGGUAGAAAGAAUAAAGAAGCUUAGCAAAGACAUUUAUUGCAUAGACUUCCUUAUAGCCUUAUGUUUUCGACUAUUUUAAUUAUGUUUAAGACUUGUAAUAAUGGGCAUUUAUGUUGGUGUCAUACAUGGAUUUACUUUAAUUAUUUUGAUGAUGCUUAAUGGUAACACCAAUUUUAAAGGUACCAUCCGUUACGGAUGGGGCAGAUUUCAAAAGUGAUCCUUUCCGCUUAUUUUAAGCGCCGUUUGGCAAAGUUUUUAAAAAUUCAAGUUUUUAUACGACGGGUGUUACAAGUUGGUAUCAGAGAAAUGGUUUAAGUGAACCAAAAUUUGACCAAGACCUUAGGAUUUUGGACUUCAACCGUAUGAGAUAUGAUAGGCUUAAGUAGUGAUGCUUCAGCUUUAUGAUGAAAUGCCUCUAGGACGGGUUGGGAUGAAUGUGAGUGUAGGUUAGAGGCUUGAAUAUGUUAUGAUGUAUUUAUGUUGCUAAGUAGGCCUUUACCUUUCUUUGAUUUCACUCGAUUCAUCUCUAAUCAUCGUCAUUUUGUUGUAGACAAAAUGGUUAACACUCGUGCUAAUAGUCAACGUGAUGGAGCUGUCACUAGUAAUGCUCCUAAUAACCAAAACGGGGUUGGAAAUCCGGGCAACCAACCGCCUAUUCGAAGGCCUUAUCCCGGUGAACAACCCACUAGAUCCAAAAUUGAAUGAGCAAACCCGGUUAUUGAGCAGGUUCUGACUCAAGCCCAAAUGUUUGAAGAAAUAAGGGCAAUGCGAGCUCAACUACAAAAGAACUGAACAAGAACUUGCCCUAGUGAGAGCUGAAAAGGAAGCUAGCUUGCAUCGGGAUGAGCAUACUGAUGGAAACUAUUCCAACCACUCAAACCGUGCCGAACCAUCCAUUGUAAGGUCACCGGUUGCUCCAGAAAAUGUUGUUGUUGAUGGAAAUAGUGUUGGAAAUGUAGUGGAGCCUUGUGUUUUGGUUGCUCCUCGUGCUAAUAAGUUUAAGUAUGAGAGCUUUCAGAAGUGUGGUGCUGAAGCGUUUGAUGGAACUCAAGAUGCUGUGGGUGCCAUGGAAUGGUUGGAUGAUAUCGAGGAUGUGUUUGCUUCAUGUUAUUGCCCUGAAGAUAUGAAGGUAUUGUGUGCUUCCCGUAUGUUAAUGAAGAAUGCUCGUAAUUGGUGGAGGGCUACUACCGUUUAUUUGACUCCCGAGGUGCUAGCUGUUAUGACUUGGGGAACAUUUAAGGAGAAUUUUUUGGAAGAAUAUGUGGGUACUCUUGAGUUGAGAAGGAAUUCAGAGCUUUAACCGCUAAGCCCGACGCCAUAACUGAGUAUGCUCACUCAUUUAUGGAAAAGCUUAAGUUUGUUGGUCAUUUGGUUCGUAGAGAUGUUGAUCAGGUUGAAGCUUACUGUGAUGGUCUCCCUGCUAGCUAUCGUGGUCUUUGUAGGCAACAUAUUACAUUGUCUGCUACGAUUAAGGAGUCCAAGAGGCUGGAUGAUGACUUCAAGAGUGAAAAGGUUGCAGUAAAAGCUAAUGAUGACAAGCAAUCAGGUUCAAAAAGGAAGCAUGAUGGAUCAAAUGGGUCGAAUAGGAAGUUCAAGAAAGGUUCAUCUUUAAGGGGUGGGGGCAGCAAUAAUGGAAAGCCGAAGAAUUGGUGUGAUACUUGUAAAGUACCUCAUUCGGGUCCAUGUUCAGAGAAAACCCAAAGGUGUGAUACUUGUGGUGGUACGGGUCAUCCUGCUUCAGAAUGCAAAGAUAAGCCAAAGUGUUACCGGUGUCACCAAACUGGUCAUUUCAUCAAGGAUUGCCCACAAGAAAAAAAUGAUGGAAAGAAGACGGCUACCCAAAAGCCUAAAGCUCGAGCCUUUCAGAUGAUAGUUGAAGCUGCCAAGGAUAACGAUGAGCAGCUUUGAAGAGAUUAGAGGAACACCAAGAUAACGAACCGAAAGUUGUCCUUCUUCAAAAGGAAUAAUGCACGAGAUUGCUUGCUUAGUAUGCUCCGGAACAUUGCAAAAGAAAGAUGUACUCUUAGCUAAACUUGGCGUUAAACCAGAAGCCUUAGUGAAAGAACGAAGACCCUCCAUUAAGACUUUGGCCGAAUGCAAGUCACCCCGAGCAAAGAGAAACAAAUCAUCUGCAAAACAAAGAUUAGUAAUAAACUCCUCUUUACAUUGGUUAUGAUACCGAAAUUGAGGUGACUCCCUGAUCUUUUUCUUUAAUAGCAAAGACAGCACCUCCAUCACGAGUGUGAACAAGUAUGGUGAUAGAGGGUCACCUUGUCUUAACCCCCUUUUGCCUUUAAAAAACCCAUGAAUAUUGCCAUUUAUGCUAAAAGAGAAUGAUACCGUGAGUUACACACGUCAUAAUCCAGUUCACCAUUACCUGAUGAAAACCGAAAGCCUCUAAUAUAGCCCUUAAAAAUUUCAAUCAACUGUAUCAUAAGCCUUCUGUAUAUCCACUUUAAAAGCGCACCUAGGCGACCCAACAUUUCUAUGGUAAUUAUGCAUUAAUUCUUGUGUGAGCAAAAUGUUGUCAGAAAUCCUUCUACCCGGAAUAAAUGCUGAUUGGUUUAUGUCAACAAUAUCAUCAAGACAAUCCUUAAUUCUAUCAGUUAUGAUUUUACUAAUGCAUUUGUAAAGAACAUUGCAGCAAGAGAUUGGUCUAUAAUCAGUAACCGUAGAAGGGGUAGUAACCUUAGGA